AUGUGCCUUGAUAGAAAAAAGGUUUCGGACAUCGAAUAUAUUAAACAGUCCCGGAUGCCACCUCCUUUUACUGAAUUUAUGUCUGAAGAUCGCGAUGUUGAAGCUAGUGACAAUGUGCCACCGCCAUUGCCGCCAAGGAAUUAUCCUUCGAUGGAAACCAACGUAGAAAUUGACAUUACCAUGGUAGCACGGUUAAAAUUGCAACCAGGUCCAAAUGAAUUUGAUCCCAAUACUAACUUCAUACCUCCAUGUAGUACACCUAUGGCUAACAUUUUUGCUUCUCCGAUUUCCACUGAUGCACCACUUAGCUUAUUCACUAAGAAGAGCCAUCCAGUGCCGUUGCCUGGUAUUUUAAAUAACAAAAAUAAACCCGUUGAGACUAACAAGUUUUAUGGGAACAUGCUUGUCGAUGACCAAAAUACACCAGUUUGGACCCACCCAUAUUCUUUGUGGAUUAGUAGGUCGGACGUUCUUGGUAUGGCAGUCAACCAUGUCAAGGAAUCUCAACGGGUUUUUGACGAUCGGAAUACUCCUCCCAGGUACUUCUAUGGUCCGGUUUAUAUCAGCUCUAUUGUAUUCGGUUGUACAGAUUUCCAAUCCCGCAAAGACAUGAAGAUUACUGUGGUUAACCCUCGACAACUAUCCGUCGAGAUGAGAUUGGGUAGGUCAGAGGAGGAAUAUAUCCAGUUUCCUUUGGUCCAAGGAAUGGGACUCAUUACUGCUGUUUACUAUAAUUUGAUUCCCAGACUAUCCUCAAGAGUUGGAUUCAGAUCAAUCGAGGGUCAAACUUCUCCUCGCUCAGGUAUUAACAAAUAUAAAAUUGUCUUGAAUAAUCAUGUCACCUGGACAUUGUACGUUUCAAAUCCAUCUGGAAAAUCUACACGGUUGGCACUUCAGGAUGGAGACAUUGUGUCUGAUAAAAGUGUUUAUGGUUGCGUAUUUCAAGUCAUUCCCGAAACCGAUCCUGUAGUUGACAGCGUCGCAGGUUGCUAUAUCACCUCUGUUGAUUUCAGUGGGUCUGUUGACGGUAACAGAGGUAAUUAUACUUUCAAGUAUAAUACUGCUGGGUCGUCCAACAGCGGAAAUCCUUUGAUUUACGCAUUGCCUCACCAGUAUCAAAAUUUUACUCUGAGAACUACUGGUAAGACAAACUUAAAGCUUGAAUCAGUCGUGAAAGGUAUGAUGCAAGGGUACAUUACAAAAGUAUUUGACAUCAAUGUAGAGGUUCAUUCUGAUCUUGGUUUUGACCCUUACACAACAAUUCCUGGGAAAAAUCCCCCACGUUAUUCUAAUGAUGUGUUAAAUGCUAUUAGGAAAGCUGCUUCCUCGGAAGUUGAUGACAAUGUACUUCAUGAAACAGAUUUGGACUCAAUGUAUUUUGCUGGUAAGGCCCUAGCUAAAUACGCUUGGAUAUUAUAUUGUUGUCAGUUCAUAUUGCACGAUCAAAAGUUGGUAUCGAAUCUCAUGCCCAAAUUAAAGGAAGCUCUACGCAGAUUCAUCACCAAUAAACAAAAAUUGCCGCUAGUUUAUGACACCACAUGGGGUGGUCUUAUCUCUUCCGGUAAUGAACACCAGGACUUCGGAAAUAGUAAUUACAAUGACCAUCACUUUCACUACGGUUAUCACGUUAUUGCUUGUGCAAUAGUGGCCAAAGUUGAUCGUGAGGCGGGAGAUGGUAAGUGGUUGGGUGAAAAUAAAGCGUGGGUUGAGAACUUGAUCAGGGAUUAUGCCAAUCCAAGCACUGAAGAUAAGUACUUCCCAGUAUUCAGGUCUUUCGAUUGGUUCAAUGGUCAUUCUUGGGCAAAAGGGCUAUUCCAUAGCAAUGACGGCAAGGACCAAGAAUCAAGUUCUGAAGAUGUUAAUGCAUCCUAUGCAUUAAAGCUAUGGGGUCUAGUUACCGGUAACAAAAACCUUGCCAAAAUAGGCGAUUUGAUGAUAGGUGUGUUGAGAACAUCUUCACAGAACUAUUUCUUGUACACCAGCGAUAAUACCACAGAACCCCACCAAUUUAUACCAAACAAAGUGAGUGGUAUCUUGUUUGAAAACAAAAUUGAUCAUACAACUUACUUCGGUAAGUUGCCUCAAUUUGUUCAUGGGAUUCAUCAGAUCCCAAUUAUACCUGCUUCAUCAAUUGUUCGUUCACCAAAAUUUGUUGCUGAAGAAUGGCAUGAUAAAGUGGCCUCAUUCAUUGAUAAAGUUGAUGACGGUUGGAGAGGAGUCUUGAUGCUAAACCUAGCAUUAACCGAUCCAAAGGAAUCAUUCAAAUUCUUCAGCAGUCCAGAUUUUAACAAUAAAUACCUUGACGACGGACAAAGUAAGACCUGGUCUUUGGCUUAUUCGGGCGCAUUUUCAUCUUGA